AUGUCUCCCCAUCGCAAUCCUCCCAAGCUCGACAUUCAACCAAGCGAUGCGACCUGGAAGGAAGAUGUCAACCAACUUCAAAUGAGUAUCAAAUUGUGCCAAGCACUGAUUGAUAAAACAAAGCCCGGUGAAGAAAUAACUGCAUCAGUCAUUGAGAAGAUGGUACUAGAAGCAUUGUUCUCUCAGUACCAAACAAUCAGGGAUCCAAAGAAUCGCGUCAUUGGUCAUGUGCUCUUCUCAAACCUUCUGGUGACGGUUGGAACACAAACUCAACUGGGAAAGAUGGACAGCAUUGGCAGCUGGAUUCGAAUUGAGAUGUACUUCUCCAUGAUUUAG